GAGCGCAGCGGAGACGCACAGGGAGGUCCAGUCCAGGAAGGUAGCGGCGUCCUGUGUGAAUCAUUUGUUAUUCUAGAGGCAUCAGCUUGUUCCCAGGUUUGGUGCGAAUGAUCCAUCAGCAGAAUCUCAUUGAAACACAUUCUUUACUUGUACUGUAGUUGCUUACAAGAUCAUCUAAAGAAUUGCGUCAACCAAAGGAUACGCGCGCUGCAGUUUAUCCAGAAGCGUUGUCCAAGUUGAGCCUCUAGAAAUUUGGAUAGAAGCUGGUACAGUAUGACUUGUCGGCUUGGCAGUGUUAGUGCUUGUCUAUAGCCUAAUACUGACCCGCGCGUUAUCAAUUACGACCAAGUUCGGCAAAUAUCUGAAGGUCUAAAUAUGAUUAUAAAUAGCUCGGACAUAUUUUGUAACUAUGAAGAAAUAGGAAACUUCACCAACAACUCGUCAUGUGUGAACACGACUCAGUCCUCACCCAGCUUCAUCGACCUGGCGACGUUUAUGCACAUAUUCCCGUCCAUAUACGGCAUCCUGUGUACUAUAGGUGUGAUCGCCAACGGUUUGGUGAUUUACGCAGUGGCGACAUGCAAGAAAAAGAUUGUAUCGGACAUCUACGUGCUGAACCUGGCCGUUGCAGAUAUGCUCUUCUUGCUGGUGAUGCCUUUCAACAUUCACCAGCUGGUCCGGGACAGACAGUGGGUGUUCGGGAACUUCAUGUGCAAAGCUGUCGUGGUGGUGGAUGUUAGCAACCAGUUCACUACCGUGGGGAUUGUAACGGUGCUGUGUAUUGACAGAUACGUUGCCAUUGUCCACCCCACCUCAGAGAAGCGGACCAUCCAGUGGACCAUCAUCAUCAACAUCCUGGUGUGGGUCGGCAGCUUCCUGCUGACCGUGCCCGUCAUGAUCUACGCCAUGGUGGUUAGGAAGCGCGACUUGGAGAUAUGCAUGAUGUUCCUGGACGGGCCUGAGGACAUGUACUGGUACACUCUCUACCAGUCCAUCCUGGGCUUCAUCUUCCCUCUCAUCAUCAUCUCCACCUUCUACUCCCUCACCCUCUACCACGUCUUCAGAUCCAUCCGCCGAGUCAAGCGUAAACAGACUGUCUGGGCGAAGCGCGCCACCAAGACCGUGGUGAUGGUCAUUGCUCUCUUCCUGGUGUGCUGGAGCCCGUAUCACGUGAUCCAGGUGAUUAACUUGAGCAACAACAGGCCAACCAACACCUUUGUCUAUGUCUACAACAUCAGUAUCUGUCUGAGUUACUCCCACAGCUGCAUCAACCCUCUGAUGCUGCUUAUCUUCGCUCAGAACUAUCGCGAGCGUCUCUGUCACAGGAAGGAGUUGAGGAGCUCGCAGCAGAACUCCUCCAAGACCACUGUGGUCAAGACAGACGGCUCCAGCGUGGCCACCGACCCCAACUACCGCAGCACAGCCAUGUGAUAAUAGAGGCAUUGCCACUCGCAUACUGUACGUGUGAAUGGGUAGGACAUCUGUUCGUCCCAAUAAGACUACCGAAAGUCAACUGUUUUCGUUCUGCUAUCUUUGACGAACUUGAGCAUUUUAUGAAUUACUGAAGUUACAGUAGCUGAACUACACUGCUAUCUUUCCAGGGAACAGAAGUGGUACUGUGUGUUAGUGGAUGGAUUACCCGACUGACUGUACCUGCUUCAUCAUCACUAAGAAUCAUUGAUCCUGUGGUAGCCAAGUGUUUACUGAAUCGUUGUGUAAGCCGAGCUACUCUGAGAAUGGACUGAGAUUGUUCAUAAUGGAAGUAUCAAAAGGACUGUGUAUCUCUAUCUCUCUCAUACAUGCUUUAACCACAUUCAAAUAAUCUCUCUCUCUCUCUCGCUCUCUCGCUCUCUCUCUCUUUCUCUCGCUCGCUCUUGCUCUCUCUUUCUCUCUCGCUCCCUCUCUCUCUCUCUCUCUCUCUGCUUACUUCACUGUAGUAAAUCUGCAAAAACACGACAGUGAAUACUGUAGUAUAGCAAUAUGGGGGAGGGGAAUGGGCAGGUCAUAUGCAAUCAAAUACCGAAAAAAAAAGUUCUGCUUUUGAGCUGUGUGUUUGAAAAUACUUAAAUACACAGAUAUAAAGUAUUUAAAUAAGAAAUACACAUGCAUUUGGAGACAUGACGGCAUAUAUAUGUUUUAUUGUUUUAAAUGUAACUAGGCAAGUCAGUUAAGAACAAAUCAUUUACAAUGACGGCCUACUUCGGCCAAACCCUAACAGUGAAGCUGGGCAAAUUGUGCGAAGCCGUAUGGGACUCCCAGUCACGGCCGGUUGACACCCAGUGUCACGUUUGUCGUAAGAAUUAUCGGACCAAGGUGCAGCGUGAUAUGGUUACCACAUGUUUAUUAACUGAAAGGCACAAAAAAAACAAUAAAGAAUGAACGAAACGUGAAGACAAUGGAGUGCUCACAGGCAACUACACAUAAACAAGAUCCCACAAACACAGGUGGGAAAAAUAACUACUUAAAUAUAGUCCCCAAUUAGAGACAUCUGUAGCCAGCUGCCUCUAAUUGGGAAUCAUACAAAACACCAACAUAGAAAAAUAAAUUAGAACACAACAUAGACAGAUAUACUAGAACACCCCCUAGUCAUGCCCUGAGCCACUACACCAUAGAGAAGCAAUGGCUCUCUAUGGUCAGGAAUUGAACCAGGGUCUGUAGUGACACCUCUAGCACUGAGAUGCAGGGCCUUAGACCGCUGCGCCACUCGGGAGACUUUUACCAAGGGGGAUACUCAGAUACGUUCAGAUACUUAUACUAUUGUUAUAAGAUACUUCUUGGAAAAUCAACAGUAAUACUAUUGAUGUUGAAGUAAAUCUUCAGGUUGUAGUUAAGGAAGGGAGACAGGA